GCGCGCACCGCGAGCCCACAUGCCUUACAGGUCAGUUCCACACAAUCGAUUGCCAAAACAAAAAUGGCGGUGGUUCUAGUUGGGAGUGUCUUCAAUCUCGGUCUCUUUCGUUCUUAUUUUCUCCUCUAAAAAUCCAAACUCAGCGCUAAAACAUAGCCUAGAAUACUUCGAUAAGUUAUUCCCUUGUGUAAGUCGUCUAUAACUCAAAUAACACCAUGUCUAGUGUGUUUGUGGGCGAGCCUAUUGACCCUCUGCUUCGACUGUCCGCSAGUCAGUUGGCCACAAAGAUUCGUAAUUUAGAAGUGACUUGUAUAGCUGUAAUUAACGCUUACAUCGAGAGAAUAAGAGCUGUUAACAAGUUGAUCAACGCAGUAGUGGAGGAUCGGUUUGAAGAUGCUACACUCGACGCUCGGAAGAUCGACACCAUGUUAAACAACAUGGAAAGAGAGGCAAGAAGAAAAUUGUGCGAUUCAAAACCCUUCCUUGGAGUUCCUUUUACGACYAAGGAGUCUUUUUCCGUCGUUGGGAUGCCAAACUGCAGUGGUCUAGUUGCUCGUAAGGGCUACAGAUCCACAGAUGAUGCUCCAGUCGUUGAACGCCUUCGGAAUGCAGGAGCAAUACUCUUAGCGGUAACUAAUUGUAGUGAGUUGUGCAUGUGGUGGGAAUCAGCUAACCGUGUUUAUGGACGCUCAAAUAAUCCUUUCGAUGUGAGUAGGAUUGUUGGAGGGAGUUCUGGAGGUGAAGGAGCUAUACUAGGCGCGGCUGGAUCCGUCAUAGGUAUAGGAUCAGAUAUAGGUGGAAGUAUUAGGAUGCCUUCAUUCUUCAACGGCAUCUUUGGUCACAAACCUAGUCCAGAUAUUGUUCCAAAUGGUGGUCAAUUUCCUAAUGCCGAGGGACAAGAGAAGCAUUACCUGUGCACAGGACCAAUGUGCCGCUAUGCAGAAGAUAUGAAACCCAUGCUUCAGGUGUUGUCUGGUGAUAGUGCAGUAAAGCUAAAACUUGACCAUCCUGUCGACAUUAGAAAACUCAAGUUCUACAGCAUCGAGAGCUCCAUGAGGAAUUUCCUGGUGUCAAAAGUUGACAAAGAGCUGCUAGAGGCUCAGAGGAAACUCUGUGUUGAACUUGAAAAUGAAUAUGGAGUUAUGGUUGAGGUAAUCCAACUCGAAAAAUUUGAUUAUUCAUUACAAAUGUGGGCGAGGAUGAUGGCGACGGCAAGAGGGAAGCCAUUCUGUCAUUACAUGGGAAAUGAAAUAACACCAGUAAACCCAUUUUGUGAGUUCUUCAAGGCUAUGGUAGGAGCAUCAGUACACACUAUACCUGCGAUUGGGCUGGGGAUGCUGGAGAAAUUUGAAGCACUGGUACCCCAAACAACUACUAAUGUUUACACCCAAAUGACCAAAGAUUUGCGACAGGAACUUGAGGACCUCUUAGGAGACGAUGGGGUACUGAUAUAUCCUUCACACCCUACAACAGCUCUACGCCACAAUGUCCCGAUAUUCUACCCAUUUAAUUUUGCAUACACUGGUAUAUUUAAUGUGCUAUAUCUUCCAGUGACCCAAUGUCCCUUGGGCUUAAGCAAAGCAGGGUUGCCGAUGGGGGUACAGUUGGUAGCUUCCAAUGGAAAUGAUCAUCUGACGCUUGCAGUUGCCGAGCAACUUGAAAAGUUAAUGGGUGGUUGGGAUAAAUUGUGCGUAGAAAAACAGCUACAACAACAAUAAGGAAUUUAAAAAUUAUUUUCAAUGGCUGAACUAGAGGAAAA